AUGUCCCUGACACAGGCUGAUGUGCUGAGAUUGAGCUCAGUAGACGCGUUGCUGUAGGGAGCUGUAUGUCAGCGGCUCCUCUCUGCCACCAUGCAGCUCCAAGCCCAGGUAUCAUGGGGACUUCUGCUGGCCGUCCUGCUGCCUCUCGUCCAGGGACACAAUGUGUUUCUGAGCAGCCAGCAGGCCCUCUCGGUUCUGAGACGUUCCCGCAGAGCUAACUCUAUAUUUGAGGAGAUCAAGCAGGGGAAUAUGGAGCGGGAAUGCAUCGAGGAGAUCUGUAACUACGAAGAAGCCAGAGAAAUUAUGGAAUCUCCAGAGAAAACGAAAGUCUUUUGGGCCAACUAUCAAGUGUGUAGGAACCAGAAGGCUUCCAAGGAUUCCUUGCAGGAUUGUGUUCAAGGUAACUGCGCGGUGGGCAACGGAGCUCAUUAUGUUGGGAACAUCAGUGUGACCCGGUCUGGCAUAGAGUGUCAGUCCUGGUCAAGCCACUUCCCUCACAAGGCAAAAUACAACGCGAUAACGCAUCCCAAUGCCAGUUUGACAAGCAACCAUUGCCGAAACCCUGAUAACAGCCCAACGGGUCCAUGGUGUUACACGAAGGACCCUACGCUUGCCCGAGAGGAGUGUGUCAUACCUGUGUGUGGUCAGAACAGGACCACGGUAGAACCUAUAGUGAGGCAGGUGGAGCAGAAGACGAAGGAGAGCCCGUGUGAGCCCGAGAUGGGGAUGUCAUAUGAGGGGAAACUGGCGGUCACUAUAUCCGGACUGCCUUGUCUGCCCUGGAACUCUCCCACGGUCCAGCAGUACCAACGCAAAGACUUCUAUCCAGAAGUCAAGUUGGUGGAAAACUACUGCAGGAACCCAGAUGGGGACGGAGAAGGUGUCUGGUGCUACGUGUCUCACCCCAACAUUACCUACGAAUACUGCCCCCUGCACUACUGUGAUAGCCCUAUCGAUGAAGAAUAUAUUGAUGUGCAAGCGGGACGCACGGUCGCUGAGGAACACCAAACGUUUUUCGAUGAGAAGAGUUUUGGGAUUGGAGAGGCAGUGUGUGGUCUACGACCUCUCUUCGAGAAGAAGAACGUACAAGAUAAGACUGAAGACGAAUUGCUGGCUUCCUAUAUGGCGGGCCGCGUGGUCCAUGGAGAAGAUGCACAGCAAGGGAGCGCACCAUGGCAGGUGAUGCUGUUUAAGAAGAGUCCCCAGGAGCUCCUGUGCGGGGCCAGUCUGAUCAGCGAUCGUUGGGUACUGACGGCCGCUCAUUGUAUCUUCUACCCACCAUGGGACAAGAACUACACCACGGACGAUAUCCUGGUGCGGAUCGGGAAGCACUUCCGUACAAAGUACGAGAGAGCGACAGAGAAGAUCGCGCUGCUAGAGCGCAUCAUAGUUCACCCCAAAUACAACUGGAAGGAAAACCUCGACAGAGACAUUGCUCUCAUCCAACUGAAAAGACCUCUGACGUUCAGCGAUUAUAUUCAUCCCGUGUGUCUCCCGACCAAGGAGGUUGUGCAGAAGUUACUGCUGGCUGGUCACAAAGGACGUGUUACGGGCUGGGGGAAUCUCUACGAAACCUGGACGGCAGGCGGACAGCAGCUCCCGUCGGUCUUACAGCAAAUUAACCUUCCCAUCGUGGAACAAAGCAGCUGCAAAACCUCGACCAAGAUCCGAAUCACCGACAACAUGUUCUGCGCAGGUUACAGUCCAGACUCCGACACGAGGGGAGACGCCUGCGAAGGGGACAGCGGAGGACCAUUUGUCAUGAAGGAACCAGCAUCUGGCCGCUGGUACCAGGUGGGCAUCGUCUCCUGGGGCGAAGGUUGUGACCGUGAUGGGAAAUACGGAUUCUAUGUACACGUUCACCGUUUAAGAAAAUGGCUUAUGAAGACCAUAGAAAAGUUUGGUAGCUAAAGCGUCCGAGCGACACUCUGCACAUAGCUCCUUGUAAGAGGAACGUGCAUGUGGUCCAAGCGGUCUGCUCACCAUCGGCACUCAUAGCUGUAGGAGACUUCUACACACCAGACUGGAUCACAACACAUUCCUGCGCUAAUCCCCCUCCCCACAUUUGCUAUUUGUUAAUGUCAGAUUUCAAUAAAAUAACAUUUAAAGAGUUAA